UGCCUCCUCGGUUAGACAGCUCUUUUUAGCCGCUGGCGUUAAUUGUUUGACUCCGCGUGCCCCGACCCCCGGUCUGUACAGCACUGCAUUGCAUUGCACCACCAAUAGUCUCACCCUACCUAUAAUGAGCGAGUUCGGCAGCCAACACCGCCAGAUCGCCCCUGGGCCCUCGCCUAGCAAAUCAGAGAAGCCUCCGUCGCGAGAAAGCUCGCCAGACAGAAGUUUCCGGGCACCAAGCGAUGUGUCAAAGAAACGGGUUUCGAUGGCCUGUCUGGCCUGCAAAAAGUCCAAACGGAAGUGCUCUGGAGUGCCGCCCUGUGAUAACUGCCGGGCCUUCAAUCGGCAGUGCAUCUUCGAUGAGACCCUGGACCAGCGCCGGCGGGUAGCAGCCAAGCGCACCGCAGAUGAGCUGAGCUAUCAUCGGGACAUGUUGAACGACCUGUUGAAGGUGAUGCGUGCGGAGGACCAAUCCUACGGGUUGAAGCUGCUGGAGAUCAUCCGGAACGACGCCUCGGCCGAGGAGAUCCGCGCGUUUGUGGACGAGAUCCUGGGCCGGAAUGGCGGCGGGGAAAGCAAGGUAGGGGAAGAGGCCGAGUGCAAGCUGGAGGAGAUCCGCCGGGUGAUCGACGUCGAAGGGGCGGGGCCGUCCUUUCGACCCAAGGUGAUGGAUAUCCAUUAUCUCUGUGACGAGGUGCCGUACCGCGUCCCCGCCAGACCGUGGACAACAGUGACUGAGGAUGCAGACCUCGUCUCACAUUUGGUGUCCUUGUAUUUCACCUGGGACUAUCCAUUUCAUGCCUUCCUCGACCGCGAUGUCUUCCUCGAGCAUAUGCGACGGGCCAACGCCCAGUCCGAGUUCUGCAGUCCAUUCCUGGUCAACGCUCUGCUCACCAAUGCAUGCCAUUUCUCCGACUACUCCGAGGCGUAUGUCGAUCCCGGAGAUGUGGUAACUAAGGGGGUGGAUUUUCUGGCAGAAGCGGAACGCUUGAGGGAAGAAGAACCGAUGAAAUUGAGUCUGGCCUACUUGCAGGGCACACUCUUGCUAUACGAAAGGUAUUCGAUGUCUGGCAAAGAUGACCUUGGGUAUCGCAUGCUCCACCAAGCCAUCUGGACGGGCGAGUCCCUAGGGCUGAUCGGCCCAAGGAGCUUCAGUCUCAUCCCUGGGCAAUGGGAUGAGGAUAUGGAGAUCUCGGUCAAACGGUCAGCCUGGGGGCUGUUUCACAUUGAUACGGUUGUGCACGCCGAAUUCUUACGUCCCAGCCUGAUAGACAAAGUGAACUUGCAGCGGCCAAACCGGUAUUAUCAGGAGGACCCCAAUCUCUGGGUUCCGUACCCCUCCCACCGACCUGCCCGAGUCUCCUAUCUUAGCCAGUAUUUUGAUUACUCGUGUAAUCUCUGUGAGAUCGCCAGAGAUAUGUCUCAGACGCUUUUCACGAUCGAUGGGACUACGGUGUCCGUUGAGCACCGGCAGAGGAUGAAGGAGGUGCUUUUCGAACGGCUCCGCAGUUGGUACGCUACGCUGCCGGACGUCUUCGAGCCAUGCCGUAGGCCGCCACCGUAUGUUCUCUUGUUGAGAAUGCGCUACCAUACGUUGGUCAUCAACCUCUUCGUACACAACACUGGGGAGACUGAGCCCAGUCCCGACUCUGAGGCUCCUCAAACACCGGAGAGUCCCCCGGGAUUCAGUCCGCUCCCGAAAUACAGUGGGCCCAAUAUAGUGCAGUCCGCUGCUCGCGCCAUCUCGGCCCUGACUCUUCUCCAUCGACGCGAGUACGGGAUCAGCCGCGCGCAUCACUUUGCUAUGUAUGCGAUCAACCUGGCCUUGUUCACGAUGCUCGACCCGGAAACAUUUGAUAUCCUGGAUCACGACUUCCUCUCCUUGGCCAGCUCCUUCUCCAGUAUUGCCAGCCGCUCCCCGUUGGGGCGAAGUCUGUUUCACAUGUUCCGGCAAACGGUUCGUGCCCGGGGUCAAGGCAAACACCUGCGGGGGUCCGAUCUUGUCUCUGAUGAGUUGAAAGCGUUGUUUGAUGAGGAGUCCACGUCACCCUCGCAGUGGGAUGAAUAUGCCAAGGGAUUGGAUAAGCUUGAGAUGGAUGAGCGCUAUCGUGGGAUUAUUGAAGGGGAGCACAGCCUGUUUGAGAUGCUUGACCGAUAUGAAAGCUUGAGCCUGGGCAAAGACGAGAUCGCUCCCGAGAGAAUACGGCGAUGAAUAGGAUGUGCUAUGACGAGGCUGACGAUGAUCAUGAUAAUGAUUGAUGCUAAUGCAUGGUGUUUGCAUAUUAUCAUUAUGAAGUAUACCCUGUGCUGUCAGUGUGGCCCUACAACAACAAGAAUUGAGCGCUGUGGGGUCUGGAAUGCGAGGACUCGAUCAAUGGAAUACAACGAGAAUGGCCUGAGAUAAUUGUGAUUCGUGAUGUACAGUGCUAUAUACUGUGUAAGGCCUUAGUGGAAUCAGCUUCAUUGCCUCUUUGCCACUUGUUUGAUGUACUCCUUCGACAUGGUUGCAUGAUUGAUAUGCGCUUGCCGAUCCACGAAGGGUGGCCAGCGGCAGCAACAGC